AUUUUUGAGGGUGCAAAACUAAAUUUGGGAAACUUCGCUCAUAAGAAAUGAAAGGAGCCCUAAUCGCGUAAUGAAGAUGGCAAAGCCUAUCCUACCUUUAUAAUUCAUUCUCCACUUUCCUCUGAGCUUACGGUGUUCAUCGCAAACCCACCGCCACAUUUCGGUGAACACGCCGCCUUCUUGCCCUCUUCGAUUAGGAAGUAAUAUGGAGUAUAAGAUGGAUGGAAAGAUUUGUAUUAAAGUCGAACCAAGAGGACAGACAAAUUCAAUUGAUAAGCUGUGGGAUGAUGGACUAGUGGGACGGAUCAAGCAGAUUUUGGUUUGGUAUGAUGAAGAUUUUUUUUCAGGGUUUCAGACCAUUUAUGAGUGUACUACGGGGAAAAGACUGACCUCCAAGAGGCACGGAGGAAAUCACGGAAACUUUGAAAUGAUUAAUCCCAAGAAGCCUCUCACCUGGUUAAGCGGAUAUUAUGAAACCGUUCGCGUGGACCCUGAACUCUUUCCAACGGACGAGGAAACAGAAGAACCAAUAUGGAACUUCUACAAGCGUAUCACUUCCUUGAAAUUUGGCAAUGAAGAAGAAACUUACGGACCUUUUGGCAGCGUGAAAGGCACGCCUUUCUUAUUUCGUGGAAGCACUGAGAUUGUAGGCUUCCAUGGAUGCAGCAACGAGGGCAGCUAUGGCCACAUCAGUGCUAUGGGAGUCUACUUCAAAACUGAGGCUGUCGGUGUUAUUGGUCAGCCUUCAAACCCAGAAGAGUCUGUUGAAGUGAUUGAAGAAAAAAAACCUAAGUCAGUAUCCGGAGUGCUUUUACCCUAGUUUAUAUAUUAGAAGAGAGAGAGAG